CCUGAUGUAGGAAGGGCGCCACAAACCAGGUUUUGGGAAGUCCCUCGUCCGCAUAGAGAACACUUUUCUCUUCCUGGUAUUCAGGCAAGGCACAGCCAAGGUGUCUAGAGUUGACUCUCGACCAAAGAGGCAGAGAAAAGGGCAGUAAGAGGGAACGGGAUCGAGGCCCCUUGACUGUAUCUCCAUUCCAGGCCCGACAAAAGAUAAUUCACCCCUCGCCUCAUUGUCCAUCCUCAACUGGACACCAUCGCCAACCACCAGGUCCUGUUCUGGGGUGUGGAAAGAUAAAACAGGAUGGCGAUUGAAACGACUACAAGCGCAGCCGAACGCAAGCACCUCUCGCCGGCGUCAGGAACCCGCACCGCGCUCCUCCUGAUCGACAUCCAACGCGGCCUGAACACCCACAACGGCUACUUCGGGACCGAGCGCUCGACGCCCGACUUUGAAGAGAACAUCACCUCCCUCCUGGCCGCGUGCAGGGGGUACAACGCCGGCACGACCAAGCCCCAAGAACCCAACAAUGCUCCUUCUCCAGGUCAAAACGCAUCCACCGACGGCGCUGAAGGCAACAACCCACUAAAACCCCCCUACGCGAUAGACAUCGUGCAUGUGUACCACAAAUCCACGAACCCGCUGUCGCCGCUGCACGUGUCGGGCACGGCGCAGAAGGACGGGAUCCUGUUCAUGCCGUGCGCGGAACCGGCGGCGGUGUCGUCGGGCGACAACAGCGACAACGGCAGUAGCACCUCGCCAACGACCGUUGAGCGCGUGCUCGCCAAGUCGACAAACACGGCCUUCGGCAACCCAGAGCUGGCGAGCAUCCUGGAACGCGGGCGCAUCGAGCAGCUCGUCGUCGCGGGGAUCGCGACGGAUCACUGCGUGACGACGAGCGUGCGGUGGGCAAAGGACCUGGGCGUCGUCAAAAAGAGGCCCGGUCUUCUUCGAGGCGAGGAUGCCGCCGCCGCCGCCGGCGCAGAGGGCAAGGGGGAUCCUCAGGGCGAACGAGAAGGGAUGAAGAAGGGUGAGGCAGGCAAGAUCGUCGUCCUCGGCGAUGCCACCGCGUGCUUCAACAAAGGGGGGUUUGACGCCGAGACGGUGCACAAGGUCCAUCUCGCCAGCCUCGAGGGCGAGUUCGCCCGGGUCAUGACCACAAGGGACGUUCUGGACCAGCUGCUCGGAUGAGGAUAUCGCUCUCCUGCCGUUGCGCCUUGCAAACCGCCUUGUGGUUAGGAAGGGAAGAGGACGACAAGAGGUCUGGAGAGAUGACAUGAGCGAAUGCCACCUUCAUUAGUCAUUGUCUAUUGCCCACGGCGAGUGUGUCUCGCGCAUACUAUACAACACUUUUA